ACUCAAAGGUCAACUCCGUUUCCUUUCUGAUACAAUGCUAUAUAUUCACUUGCCCUGGAUUGUUUUCAAUAAAUCACCUUAUCCUUCGCAUCAGUUAAGUCCUGAAAUAUGAAACGCGCAAUAGCCUCUGAUUCGCAUGACGAUGUGGGCCAACGGCCUGCGAAACUGCGACGUCGAGACAGUUCGAGUACAGUUCCCAUACCAUCGAGCAAAAGGCAGGAGCAGAUUACACUGCAACCGCCUUCACCUUUAUCGAACAAUGUUAGCAGCAGGAAAAUUAACGAACAGGAAUGUGGACAUUCUGCGAUUGUACCUCCGUCGAAACCGAUCAACAAGCGUCAAGAGAUACUUGAGUGGAUACCGUACCCGUCAGAGGAGUUUGACGAGGUUGAUAUUAUGAAGACCAAAGGCUGCUUUAUGCGCCAGUCGCCCGCCGGUCCGACUUCCGAAGAAGUCGCGCUUUGCCAGCGACUCCUCCAUCAACCAGUGGAAACCCCACGCGGAACCCUCUUUGACAGCGAGUUUAUUGAGAGCUUUCACGACGCAUUACGAAAUCGAUCAGAAGCGCGACUAUUAAUAGAUUUACAUCCACUCCUCAUACCAUCUGCAGAGAAUCUGUUCAUCCAAGGGAAGGAGGAACUAAAAGAUGUGAUUGAUGGCUACAAUGAUCCAUGGCUCCGUCUUGGGCCAAUCUACGGCCCCAAACCACAGCCGGACCAUGCCCGAGGCUUGAGAUGGUCAACCUUUUCAGACAUCCAGCGGCGAAAACUUGGAAUCAAGCCUGAUGAAAAAUCUCUAUAUGCAGUGCGAGAAGAUAUGUACUUCCCUUACUUAACGGCAGAAAUCAAGUGUGGGAACCAGGCUUUGGAAUUUGCGGAUCGGCAGAAUAUGCACAGUAUGUGUAUUGCUCUUCGGGCUGUGGUCAGCCUAGCUCAAGCGGCCGGUUGCCCAGAAGAAGUGCACCGGAAGCUCCUUGGGUUUUCAAUUUCACACGAAUUGGAGACUGUGCGAAUCUACGGGCACUAUCCCGAGAUUGGUGAAGACGGAAUUAAAUAUUAUCGCUGGUUAGUGAAGCAGUUCAAUAUUUGGAUAGAGGAGGAUAAAUGGGCAUGUUAUCAUUUUGUGGAGAAUCUUGAUCGCGAAUUCCUUCCUAUCCACACCGGCCGAUUAAUGCAUUUGCUACGUGAUAUUGGAAUAGAUGUCGAGAAGAACAAGUUUUCAUAA